UAACGAAAAGAAGCGCAUGAGAAACCGGACCAAAAUUGUGAUCGAAGCAUCACAUAAUCUAGGUGCAGUGCCGUACUAUGAUUGGCCAUGCUGCUUGUUGCUUGGGAAUUACUCAAAUCCUGUGGCUCACGUAAGCGGAAAUCACCGUGGCGUUCUCAAUACUCUGGAAUUUACUCUGACUUACAACACAUUACUCUUGAUUGUACACAUUCUCUCCAUGUCUCCCCUUUCAUAUCUCGCGUCGCUCUUUGAUUGGAUCAUUCAUGGUCCCGUGGCACUCUCGAACCCACCAGGAUCACCACCAUACCCCAGGGAUGCCCUUUCGACACCUUAUACAAAUCAUUCAGAUAUCUUGAUCCUUCCAGACGGGCGCAAACUCGGGUUCUCCCAAUAUGGAUCACCGACUGGCAGGCCCGUUAUUUUCUUGCACGGAAUGCCUGGCUCGCGCCUCGACGCAGCGCACUUUGAUGAUGUAGCGAAAGAGCUAGGCGCACGAGUCAUUGGCAUUGACAGACCUGGCAUUGGAUGGAGUACCCCUCAGUCGAAUCGAAAAUUACUUGAUCAUGCAACAGAUGUUGAGGCCGUUGCGGAUCACCUAAGAUUAGAUAAUUUCCGUAUAAUGGGGGUAUCUGCUGGAGGCCCAUAUGCACUUGCUUGCGCAAAAGCGUUGCCGCCCGAAAAACUUCUGGCCGUGUCGAUAAUGUGUGGUUUUGGGCCAUUGGAAAUCGAUACCAGCUUUAGGGGCUAUGUGGCUAGAGUCAUCCUAGCUCUAGUGAGCCCUCUGAUUCCUACUGCUAUUCGCCUCAUCUUCCAAAGUAGUCCUGUCGGGCGAAUUGAUCUCACAGACGAGGCCCGCCUGGAAAUGUUGCUGGAACAAGUCGUUGCACACAAACCAAGAAAUGCCGCCGAGGAAGUCGAACGCGAUGCGACGAUAGACGAUGCUGGUGGAGCAUUAAGAGCUAUACAGUCUUGCCGAGAAGCGUUUUCCCAGAGCUUCACGUACCCUGGGCUCGACGGACAGUUGAUUGCAAAGCAAUAUGGCUUUCGGAUACAGGAUAUCAGGAAAGAUCUGCCUUUCCACUUGUGGUAUGGGACUUUGGAUGGCACGACGCCAAUCAACCACGGAAGACAACUGGCGCGCCUACUGGGCAAGAGGGCAAAGUACCAUGAAUCUGAAGACACACAUGGAAGUUUACAGUUGAGAUACAAGCGAGAAGCUUGGGAAGCGUUGCUGAGGGAAGGAUGA